GUCAUCAAAGAAGCAGGAGGCUUGCACCCACCGCCACACUGCUGGAGGAGGGGGCCUGCCAUCUACUAGGUAUGAAUUAGGAUCCAUUUGUUGCAAUAUACGACUUGUCAUUGUCUCAUGUAGUUAAAUACAUAUGAGCUUCAGAUUACAUGCCAAAAAGUUGUUGGAUGCACAGGAGUCGUGAGAAGUGCACGCAAGAGAGGAACAUGGUCGAUAAACAUGGAACCAUGUUCCCAGGACUUCUGCUCUGCAAGUGAAGGCCACAAACAUGGGGGCAGAAGAAACAACGACCAUUGGACAUCUGAAGAGGUGAAAGAGCUAGUGGAUGUUGUAUCUGUAUAUGGGGUUGGACAUUGGACUAAAUUGAAGAAUGAAAGGUUUCCGAUAUCAGUUCGAACGGCGGAGCAUCUUAAGGAUAAAUGGAGAAACUUGUUGAAAGCCUACACGGGAAAUGUGAAAAGAAGGAUCUCGCCUCCUCUAGAUAAGGAUUGUGUCGAAAAGAUCCAGAGGCUAGCAGCUGAUUACCCUCGAAAAUGAAGCUGCACUA